AUGUCCACAAUACCCUCACUCGACCAAGCCCUGGCCGAUACCGCUGGACAUGGUCCGCUCGUAGAAGCAUUGUCGACGUUAUUCGAAGCAUCCCCGAUUCUUCAGGAGCACCUCGCGCCUCAAGUAGCAAAAACACUACAAAGCCAAAUCGUUGCAUCGUACUCCGAUCUCAUCGAUCUCACCCUCGACACCAUACAAUCGGGAUGGGACGAUAAUCUCAAAGCCCAGUUCAUCGAAGGACACCCUCGUAUUGGAGAAGUGAAUAACCUCUCGCACCUGAGUUCGAAAGAACAAGCUGCAGUAGCGACUCCUCCAGAGGUCCUGGCUCGCUUAGGACACCUUAAUGCUUGCUACGGGUAUCGGUAUCCGGGGUUGAGAUAUAUCACAUUUGUGAACGGAAGGUCAAGGGCAGCCAUCAUGGAAGAGAUGGAGGACGUCUUGGGCAUCCCUCGAUCAUUGAGUGCGACAGAUCCGGUUGUCGAAAGUAUUGGCCAGGUCGAAGUGGGAAGUGAGGCGUGGAAGACGGAACUGGAGAGAGCCGUUGGCGAUGUAGGAAAGAUAGCCAAGAGUAGGUUGAGAGCCCUUGGUGUCGAAUAA